AUGGCCUUGCUGGCAUCAGAAACUGUGCCAGGAAAUCUGAUAAGUGCUGUUUGGUUGUCUUCAAACCAUCAUACUGUAGCUGGCACUACAUUGAAAGUGACACAAGUGGAAUCCAAUGGACACUGCUGGAUAAAGAAAAGGCAGUACAGAGCAAUGAAGUUCUUGUUCCAGUGCCCCUGCUGCUCCUGCUUUUGCUUUAUGAAGCCAAAACAAGGGAAGGCCAAGGUGAAGGAGGCCAAGAAGGAGGUGAAAGAAACCAAGGUGGAACAAAAGGUUGAAGAAAAGAAGGACUGA